CAAUAUUAUAGAUAUAAAUUACGUAGGUAUCAAAACACAAAAUACAUACACGUAGGUAGUUCAUUAAUAUAGACGCAUCAAUUCUACAUUGAUUCAUUAAUACCUACCUGGCUCUAUUUAUGCUUUUAAAAUGGAAAAUUUAUACAUCAAACUGUUCGUAUUGUUAAUUAGUGUAGAUAUUUUACUUUGUGAAGCUUAUCAAGCUGAUGAAAGUUUUAAUGUGGCUAAAGUAGUUAAAUUUUAUAACAACAUACCCGGACUUUCAUGGAAGGCAGGCAGAAACGGAUUUGGAAAAAUUGUAAGAUUAUCACAACUUAAGAAAAAUCUUGGUUGGAUUCCAAAACAAAAGAAAACUAUUUACAAGGCAUCCCCAGCAUCUGGAGAAGGCGAAGCUGAUGCAAAUGAUUUACCAAAAAGCUUCGACUGCAGAGUAGCAUAUCCUCAUUGCACCACGAUUCGGUCCAUAAAAGAUCAAUCAAACUGUGGAUCGUGUUGGGCUGUUUCGGUCGCAUCUGCGUUCAGCGAUCGAUUAUGCAUUCAUUCAAACGGAAAAGUUAAUGCCAACAUGUCAGCAGACCAAUUAUUAGCUUGUGAUAAAAAAAGCGAUGGGUGCAAUGGAGCAGAAGACCUUAAAACAGCCUGGCAAUACAUUGCAGACGAAGGAUUAGGCACAGGUGGAGAUUAUGGAUCAAAUGAAGGUUGUCGACCAUAUUCUAUUCCACCAAACCGUUCAUUCUUUGCUCCUUCGCCUAAAACUCCAGAAUGUGGAACUAAUAAUUGUCCAGAAACGUAUAAAGUGAGAACCGGCACCGUUGGUUCUGUACAAUCGAUGGAAUACCUUAUUCGAAAAGAAAUUUAUAAAAAUGGACCUAUAACAACAGGAUUUUAUGUGUAUUUAUCCUUCAAAUUCUACAACUCCGGAAUAUAUUCGAGACCAUUCUUCGAUUUUAUACCUUUGGGAGGCCAUGCUGUUCGUGUCAUUGGAUGGGGAGAGGAAGAUGGCAUCAAGUACUGGCUCGUUGCUAAUUCAUGGGGCAAAAAAUGGGGUGAAGAAGGAACAUUUAGAAUACGCCGAGGCACCGACGAAUGUGGAUUCGAGUCGAGCAUGGCAGUAGCAGCAUUACCUGACACUACAUCGAUCUAUAAAUGUACUGGCAUCAAAAUGGUAAAGUUAUACAGCACUCUGUUCACAUUGCUGGUUACUGUAAACAUUUUAAUUUGUACAGCUUUUUUGCAUGAUGGCAUUGUAAAUGUGGCUAAAGCUGUUCACUUUUUUAACAAAAUUCCUGGACUUCUGUGGAAGGCAGAAACAAAUAAACUUGGAGAAUUUGUAAAAUUAUCACAUCUCAGAAGAGAUCUUGGUUGGAUUCCAAGACGAAGAUUAACCAACUUCAUAAAAUCUAAACUCCACGAAGGACCUGAUAAUUAUGAAGAUGACCUACCAAAAAACUAUGACUGUAGAGAGGGAUACCCACAUUGCACCACAAUUCGGUCCAUAAAACAACAAUCAAACUGUGGAUCAUGUUGGGCUGUUUCAGUCGCAUCUGCGUUCAGCGAUCGAUUAUGCAUUCAUUCAAACGGAAAAAUUAAUGUCAAUAUGUCUGCAGACGAGCUUUUAGCUUGCGAUAAAAAAAGUCACGCGUGCGGAGGAGGAAAUCUUCAUACAGCUUGGCAAUACAUCGCUGACGAAGGAUUAGUUACCGGAGGUGAUUACGGAUCAAAUGAAGGUUGUCGACCGUAUUCUAUUCCUCCACAGAAGUCAAAAUUUGACGGUCCUCCUAAACCUCCACAAUGUGAAGCUAAGAAAAAAUGUACGGAAAAAUAUAAAGUUCAAAAUGGCUCAAUUAUCUUUCUACAUAACACGGAAUACCAAAUUCGAAAAGAAAUUUACGAAAAUGGACCUAUUACAGCAGGAUACCGGGUGUAUUUAUCCUUUCGCUUGUAUAAAUCAGGUAUAUAUUCGAAACCAUGGUUCGACAUUAUGCACUUGGGAGGCCAUGCUGUUCGUGUCAUUGGAUGGGGAGAAGAAAAUGGUACAAAGUACUGGCUCGUUGCUAAUUCAUGGGGUAAAGAAUGGGGUGAAGAAGGAACAUUCAGAAUUCUUCGAGGCACUGACGAAUGUCAGUUCGAGUCGAAUAUGGUAGCAGGAUUACCUGACAGCGAAUCGUUAUAACAUUGAUUUCUUUACAAUGUACAUACAUAUCUAUUUUUCAUUACACUUAUUACUCGUAUUUUCAA